AAGGUGUCUCAUUUCUGAAGUGAGACUAGGAGGAGAAGAUGAACAAUUCCCUGGACUACCUGGCCUACCCUGUUAUUGUCUCUAAUCACAGACAAAGCACAACCUUCAGGAAGAAACUGGACUUUGGCCACUACAUACUGCACAAGAAUAGAGUACAAAUAGUGAAGCCUGCUGUGGAUACCAAACCUCCAAUGGCGCACACACAUCACAUUUUAAAACUGAGCAAACUCCAGGGUGAACAAAAGAGAAUCAACAAAAUCGAAUAUGAAAAUAAACAACUAUGUCAGAAAAUCGCCAACGCCCAUCGAGGCCCUGCCAAAGUGGACUGCUGGAAUGAGUAUCUUUCGAAAAGCUUAAACAGAGAAGCAAGGAACCGAGAGCUAGUGAGAAUCACCAUGGAAAACCAGGGCAUUCUAAAGAGGUUGGGUGACCGAAAACCCCACUAUGAGCGAAGGGCAUCGGAAAUGGACUGGCAGAAUUCAAGGCGCUAUAUCAGAAACACAACAAGAUAUCUUCUCUCCCAAGAGGAUUAGACACAAGGUGACUCACCACGGAAAACACCGAGAAGACCCUGGGUUUCCUGAACACUUAUAAUCUCAAGAUACUCCUGAGUGACCACAUUGACCCAUCUUAGGGUGUUACAAUAAAGCUUGGCACACAAAACGGGGGAGGCAAA